GACCCGGAGUCGCGGGGCCCGUCAGCCUCAGCCUCAGCCUCGGCCUCGGCCUCGCCCGCCAUGAGUUCGUCGCCCAUCAACGUCAAGAAGCUCAAGGUGUCGGAGCUCAAGGAGGAGCUCAAGAAGCGGCGCCUGUCGGACAAGGGCCUCAAGGCCGACCUCAUGGAGCGCCUGCAGGCCGCGCUGGACGAGGAGGCGGCGGGCGGGCGGCCCGGCCUGGAGCCCGGGAACGGCAGCCUGGAGCUGGGCGGCGAGGCGGCGGGCCGCGCGGGCGCCGGGCUGGAGCGCGAGGCGGCGGCGGGCGGCGACGACGACGACGAGGAGGAGGACGAGGACGAGGAGGGCAUCGCCGCGCUGGACGGCGACCAGAUGGAGCUGGGCGAGGAGAACGGCGCGGCGGGGGCGGCCGGCGCGGCGGGCGCCGGCGAGGAGGACGACGAGGGCGCGUCGGAGGACGAGAACGGCGACGACCAGGGCUUCCAGGAGGGCGAGGACGAGCUGGGCGACGACGACGACGCGGCGGGCGACGAGAACGGCCACGGGGAGCGCCCGGCGCAGCCGCCCGCGGCGCCCCAGCCGCAGCCCCCGCAGGCGCAGGCGCAGCCCCCGCAGCCGCGCGGCCCAAACAAGGAGGCGGCGGCCGCCAAGAGCAGCGGCCCCACCUCGCUCUUCGCCGUCACCGUGGCGCCGCCCGGGGCCCGGCAGGGCCAGCAGCAGGCGGGAGGAGACGGCAAAACUGAACAAAAAGGCGGCGAUAAAAAGAGAGGCGUUAAGAGACCCCGAGAAGAUCAUGGCCGUGGCUAUUUUGAGUACAUUGAAGAGAACAAGUAUAGCAGAGCCAAGUCCCCUCAGCCACCUGUUGAAGAAGAAGACGAACAUUUCGACGACACAGUGGUUUGUCUUGAUACUUAUAAUUGCGAUUUGCAUUUUAAAAUAUCAAGAGAUCGUCUGAGUGCAUCUUCUCUUACUAUGGAAAGUUUUGCUUUCCUUUGGGCUGGAGGAAGGGCAUCUUACGGUGUGUCAAAAGGCAAAGUCUGUUUUGAGAUGAAGGUUACUGAGAAGAUACCUGUAAGGCAUUUAUAUACAAAAGAUAUUGACAUACAUGAGGUUCGGAUCGGUUGGUCACUAACCACAAGUGGAAUGUUACUUGGUGAAGAAGAGUUUUCUUAUGGGUAUUCUUUAAAAGGGAUUAAAACAUGCAACUGUGAGACUGAAGAUUAUGGAGAGAAGUUUGAUGAAAAUGAUGUGAUUACAUGUUUUGCUAACUUUGAAAGUGAUGAAGUGGAACUCUCGUAUGCCAAGAAUGGACAAGAUCUUGGCAUUGCCUUCAAAAUUAGUAAGGAAGUUCUUGCUGAACGGCCACUCUUUCCACACGUUCUCUGCCAUAACUGUGCAGUUGAAUUUAAUUUCGGUCAGAAGGAAAAGCCAUAUUUCCCGAUUCCUGAAGAUUAUACUUUUAUCCAGAAUGUUCCCUUAGAGGAUCGAGUUAGAGGGCCAAAGGGGCCUGAAGAGAAGAAAGAUUGUGAGGUUGUUAUGAUGAUUGGCUUGCCAGGAGCUGGAAAAACUACCUGGGUUACUAAACAUGCAGCAGAAAACCCUGGUAAAUACAACAUUCUUGGAACAAAUACCAUAAUGGAUAAAAUGAUGGUGGCAGGUUUUAAGAAGCAAAUGGCAGAUACUGGAAAACUGAACACACUUCUGCAGAGAGCUCCACAGUGUCUUGGAAAGUUUAUUGAGAUUGCUGCCCGCAAGAAACGAAAUUUCAUUCUGGAUCAGACAAAUGUGUCUGCUGCUGCCCAGAGGAGAAAAAUGUGCCUGUUUGCAGGUUUUCAGCGAAAAGCUGUUGUAGUUUGUCCAAAAGAUGAAGACUAUAAGCAAAGAACACAGAAGAAAGCAGAAGUAGAGGGAAAAGACUUACCAGAACAUGCAGUCCUCAAAAUGAAAGGAAACUUUACGCUGCCAGAGGUAGCUGAGUGUUUUGAUGAAAUAACAUAUGUUGAACUUCAGAAAGAGGAAGCCCAAAAACUUCUGGAGCAAUACAAGGAAGAAAGCAAGAAAGCUCUUCCUCCAGAAAAGAAACAGAAUACUGGUUCUAAGAAGAGCAAUAAAAACAAGAGUGGCAAGAACCAGUUUAAUAGAGGAGGUGGCCAUAGAGGACGUGGUGGAUUCAAUAUGCGUGGUGGGAAUUUCAGAGGAGGAGCUCCUGGUAACCGUGGAGGAUAUAACAGGAGGGGCAAUAUGCCACAGAGAGGUGGUGGUGGUGGAAGUGGUGGAAUUGGCUAUCCAUACCCUCGCGGCCCUGUUUUCCCCAGCCGAGGCGGUUACUCAAACAGAGGGAACUACAACAGAGGUGGAAUGCCCAACAGAGGGAAUUACAACCAGAAUUUCAGAGGACGAGGAAACAAUCGUGGCUACAAAAAUCAAUCUCAGGGCUACAACCAGUGGCAGCAGGGUCAAUUCUGGGGUCAGAAGCCAUGGAGUCAGCAUUAUCACCAAGGAUAUUAUUGAAUACCCAAAUAAAACGAACUGAUACAUAUUUCUCCAAAACCUUCACAAGAAGUCGACUGUUUUCUUUAGUAGGCUAACUUUUUAAACAUUCCACAAGAGGAAGUGCCUGCGGGUUCCUUUUUUAGAAGCUUUGUGGGUUGAUUUUUUUUCUUUUCUUUUUUGUACAUUUUUAAUUGCAGUUUUAAAGUGAAUCGUAAGAGAACCUCAGCAUUGUGCACGAUAAGAGAAUGUGUCAGUAUUUCAGGGUUCUACAUUUUAUCUGUAAAAUGUGACUUUUUUUUUUUUAUCACAACAAAAGUAAAAUGUUGCUUUGUACCUGGUGUCUUUUAUUAAGAAUUUACUCCCCCCUUUCUCAGAGAUAACAGUCGGGAGUCAUUGUCACAAUAUAAUAGAAAUGUUAGCAACCAGAUUCAUGUAAGGACCAAGUGGUCCUCAUGAAUUUCAUUAAGACUCUGUAUUGCUCAUAUUACACUCCAUCCUCUCUGUAGUUUUCUGAGUAGUGGAGGGGGUAAGCUAAAUGGUUUGUGAUGACAACCGGGAAGGACUUCUUUUAAACUAGCGAUGGAAUUGGCAUAAUUGGAAAUGAAGAUGAAAAUUGGAACCAAAAUAGAGAAGAUGGAGUGUAUGUAGAAGGGCUGUUAAAAAUGUAAAACUUGGUUGCAUUAUUUGUGGAGGCUCAAACUUGUGAAGGUUACUACCAUAACUUUUUCCAUUUGUUCUGCAUUUUGAUUCUGAAAAGAAAGCUGGCUUUGCCCAUUUCUUAUUAAAAAAAAACUUGUUGUAAAUCCAGUUGUCUAAUGGGAUCUAUAUGAAGUUAGCUAUGUCUGUAUGCCCUUCUCCCACAAAAUACUGUAUACUAGUGUGCUUGUAGUAAACUCCACCAUCUUUGUAAGCUAAUGAAAUUGUGAGUCACCCAUUUAUAUCUUAAUUUUUAAUCAUGUCAGUUCUUGAAUGGGUAUCUCCUUAGCCUGCUGAUUUCUUUUUCUUUCUAAAGAAAGUGGGUGGAGAAAUUAAUUUAGACGUUUGUUUGCAAUAAAAAGAAUUCAUUUUA